UCUCAUUUUCAUUCCCUUUUUGUAAUCCAAAACAGAAGCAAUUCUCUCCAUCUUUCAGAGUUAUUCACUCCUUUUUUUCUCUCUUCAUUUUCUCUAAAUACAAACUUUAAGAUUAAGGCAGGGGGAGAGGUUGGGGAAGAAGCAAAGUGAAGCAAAAUGGGUGGUGGCGAUGGAAAGGUGUUCACUUUGGCUCAAGUCUCUGAGCACAACGAUCGCAAAGACUGUUGGCUUAUCAUCAAUGGCAAGGUUUAUGACGUGACGAAGUUUUUGGAAGACCACCCUGGUGGUGAUGAAGUGUUAUUAUCAGCAACAGGGAAGGAUGCCACUGAUGAUUUCGAGGAUGUCGGCCAUAGCGAUAGUGCCAGAGACAUGAUGGAUCAAUACUGUGUCGGAGAGAUCGAUGUCUCAACCAUCCCGAAGAAGACCAAAUAUAAACCCUCAACACAGCCUCACUAUAAUCAGGACAAGACAUCUGAGUUCAUUAUCAAGCUCCUUCAGUUCUUGGUUCCACUCGCCAUCUUGGGUUUGGCGGUUGGAAUCCGCCUCUACACGAAAUCGUCUUAAGAUCCCGAAUUGUGUUGGGAUGAUGGAAAACUUAUGUUCCCAUCUAUGCUAAUCAUUGAAACUGAUUGUCCUCUCUCUGUUGUGUAAUCUAUGGUUGCUGCCUUUCUGCAGGUAAUGGAUGUUUGAAACUCUUUUACUUUUA